AUGUCUUCCUCAUCGCCGCCCCCUCCAGAGCGCAAUAUUCAGAGGUCUAAGCGAAAAGCUUCAAACUCGCCAUCACCAAUACUUCAAGAAGAUACUAUCAAGCGGGUUAAGACAAGAGAUCCAUCACUUAUCGGCGAUGAGUAUGACGGCAAAAGAACUAUCUCACUGUCGCUCCUAACUCCACCACCUUCCUCGUCGAACUCAAGGAGCUCGAGCGCCUUGUCAUCAACAUCGACCAUCUCGAUUCCGGUAGAGAUGGAUUCUCCGCAUACCUAUGAGUGCAUGGGUCUAACCCCCGAAGCGGCACAAUUGAUAUACAACGAUGGGAAGAAGAUACGCGAUGGCAUCAUGGAAGAUUAUGGCGAAGAUUUCGAUUCGGAGUUCCUCGAGUGUAGCCUUGAGGCAUACUUGGUCAAGAGAGUUACUGAAGUCUGUGAUGAGGUACUCGCAGCUGGAGAUGGAGACAACUGGAUAGAAGCAAUGACAGCAGCUGGUAUCAAGAAGGAGCUCCAAGAUACUAUAAUGGAUGAGGAGUUCGAGGCUAUCCGUGGCACACAGUCUCUCCAGGGUUGGCUUAAGGAGAUCUUCGGCAACUACUUCCGCACAUUCGAACACAUGAACGAGAGCGUUCUAGACUGGGAAGAAGAAUAUUCGUCACGACUACGUCUAAGGGGAGGAGCCGGCGAAGAAGACAUAGCACCCCCACCUCCUGGACAUCGGGCCUUAUUCAAGAGCAUCGAAUUCAAACAAGCGCAAGGUAUCUUCUGCGACAACGAAAUCGACCUUGUCGGAUUGGUUUCGGCGUCAACCCCCAUGGACUUCUCUCCAUAUGGUGGUCUGUACUUCACAGAUACCCCCUGGGUCGCUGAGGUCUAUGCAAACUUUGCAAAGCGCACUUGUCCACCUGCCGAUAUUCGAACUGUCGAGAUACAUGUUCCAGAAGAUCAUUUCAAGAGGCUGAAGGUAUGGGAGCUUGAGUUCAACGACAUCUUCAAGGAAAUAGUCUGGCACUCCAGGCGCGGAAAAAUCAUUCCAAAGCAUUUACAGGAGAUCCAAUCCGACUUCCGCAUUCUUCACGGACCCUGUACCACGCGACACUCUAAGAAUUAUGCAAAGAUGAAGGACUGGAAUGAGAUUACGGAGAGGCAUUUGCUGACUAGGAUGACAACUGAUGAGUAUGGGGCACCUCAGCAAGAGGUAGCGAUGCAAUACAUGUGGCGAGGCCAGACAGCAGUGUCCGAGCUGAGUCGAGACUGCAAGGACAAGACGCGUCUGUGGAAGCCGCUCAAGGGUUGGUCGCUUGUUGGGGAGCCUGAUAAGGACGUUUCGGUGAGGGAGAAGAAUGUUUUGGAGGGUUGA